CCAGCAUCUCAUAAUGACACAGGAUGAUGGAGCACGAGGACUUCAAGAGCCUGGCUGUGUACUGGAACUCCUCUGACAUUUACCAGUUCAGCACUGCCAGGGUCAUUGUCCCUGUGGUCUUCUUUCUCAUCUUGCUCCUGGGCACAGUGGGCAAUAGCCUAGUGCUGGCAGUGCUGCUGUGCAAUGGGCAAAUGGGCCACAACACUACCAACCUCUUCAUCUUCAACCUCAGCCUGGCUGACUUCUUCAUUGUCUUCUGCAUGCCUUUCCAGGCCACCGUCUACUUCCUUCAGGGCUGUGCCUUUGGCUCCUUCAUUUGUAAGGCUGUCCACUUCUUCAUCUACCUCACCAUGUAUGCUAGCAGCUUUACCCUGACUGCCAUCUCUGUGGACAGGUACCUGGCCAUCUGCUAUCCACUGCGCUAUCAGGAGCUGUGAAACCCCCACAAUGUAGUGGCUGCCAUGGCUGUGAUCUGGGGCCUCUCUGUGGUCUUUGCUGGGCCCUAAGUAAGCUACUAUGACUUGAUUGAGUGGGAGUCCAGCUACAUCUGCAUGCCUGGCUGGGAGAAGUGGAGACGCAAGGUCAUGGACACCAGCACGUUUGCCUUUGGCUAUGUCACACAGCAUCUGUGGACAGCAGUGGAGGACCUGGAGGACAUAUCAGAGUCCAAGAAGGCCAAGCGCAAAGUAACCAAGAUGACCAUCAUUGUAACCAUCUUUUUCUGUCUCUUGCUGCCAUACCACCCAGUCAUCCUCCAAUACCACUAUGGAGUUCCGUUCAACCAGGCCACCUAUGCCUUCCACCUGCUUUCCCACUGCAUGGCCUAUGCCAGUUCCUGCCUCAACCCCAUUGUCUAUGCCCUGGUCUCCUAGCACUUCCGCAAGGACUUCAAAAACAUUUUCAGCUCUUUCUUGAGGAAAAAGCAUCACAACAAGGUGCAUGUGAUGCACACAGCCUACACUGUGCCUGGAUUUGAGGCAGGUUCCACUGGAGUGUCCCAGACACAUGAGGAGAAUAAUGGGCAUGAGCUGAACCCAGCUUCCAUGGCAGUCCAAUCCAGUUCUUUCAAGCCCCUUCAUACUUCAUAGUGGCCAAGCAACACACCAUCUUCCAGCUUGGCUGCGUCACCAGCCUCAGGCCACCCUUUCCCACUGGGUGAGAAGAGGAUGCUGGAAAGUCAAGCCAAAAACUGCUAUACGCUGCUUCUGGCUGAAUCCUUCCUCCCCAUG